AUGCCUGUGUUGUGCCUGAAGCGUGAAUGCGUGAACUCUCUCGAGCCCAAUUUUCCGACACCUGCAUCCUUCCUCACCUUCCAAACGACAGCUCCUCGAGCCAGGUCGACGCGGCAGAGCGCUAGCACGGCCUCCCUUUCACCUUCUCGACACGCACGACGUAUCAUCGACCAAAAUCCAGGCGCCAGCAACGCGACAGAGACGAUGGUCGGCCACCGUCACCCCCUGACGAGCCCGCGAAGCCGGCCGCUGCGGUUUGUCCUGUUCGGCGCGCUACUGCUCGCCGUGCUGUACUGGUUCAAGAAGGACCGGACCGAGAACCGCUUCCAGGACAUCAUCGGCGGCGUAACCCCCAAGACGGGGAGCUCGGCGGCUCACGCUGGGCUCGCUGGCCUCGCCCCGCCAGUCGCCCCGCAUCAGCAUCAGGACAUGCGGAGCUCGUCCACGAGUGUAGGCACCAAGCACGAGAAGACGCGCAAGAGCCAGUUCGUCGACCUUCGCAAGGCCAUUCCGUGGACGACGUUUGAUGGAGGUCUUCCCGGCUACUCCGUCUUCAGCAACCUCUACCUGAACGGUGGUAUCCUGUACGCCGUGUCCGCGGACGAGACCGCUGCGGCCCUCAUCCCCGAGACGCGAACGAUCCUCUCUGGCGUGGGCAACCAUCACCCUGCCGCUGGUCCCGAUCGGUGGUCGACGGUCAUCGGUGGCGACUUGGCCCGGAGCGAGCUAGGCAACCGCGCCGUUCGCCUCCCUGGUGUCACUGAGGGCUACCUUGCCUUCUACGAGCACCUGUUCCCUGAGGCCCUCGUGCCGAGUGUGCGGGCCGUCGCCUCGGUCGGGGAGAAGAACAACGGCGAUGCGUCUGAUGUUAUGCCGUCUCGUAUCAUCUUUGCGCGCUGCUCGGACGACGGCUUCAAGGACGACAAGGGACGGAACGUGCCGAUCGAGGACGCGCGCAACUGGGCUGACCGCGCCGAGUCUGACCUGACUUACAUCUUCGAGCGCGUCGUCAUCGUCGACCGGUGGGCGGCGCACAGCAUCGGGCGCGACACAGCGCGCUGGGGCAAGAUGAACGGCGAGGCGCACACGAUGCCGGCCCCCAAGACAUUCUGGGAGCCGCUGCGGCGCAACAUGCUCGAGGCCGUCGGCGACGUCACGCCCACAGUGGGGCGGUACAAGCUGCCGGUCGUCGUGUACAUUGAGCGCGACACGAAACCGAUGCUGAGCAAGGAGAGCCACGACGCGCUCGUCGCUGAGCUCAAGCACCUGACGCCCCGCGCCGAGGUGCACGUCACGCAGCUCAAGUCCAUGACGAAGGAACAGCAGGUGUCGCUCUUUGCGAAGACGGACGUCGUCGUCGGUCUCCAUGGACAGGAACUGUUCGAGGCGGCGUGGAUGAGUCCCGAGGGAAGCGUGAUUGAGAUCUUCGAGGAGGGCGGCUUCAACCGCGACUACGGCAUCUUCCUCAACAUGCUCAAUAUUGACCACACCGUCAUCCAGAAGGACCGCGUCCUGACCGAGGUCGUGUGGAUGAACCACGAGAAAGCCCGCGGACCGAACAAGGACAACGCCGAGGUCGACGCCAAGCUCGUCGCGAAGACGGUGGGCGAGAAGCUCGACAGGCUCAGGCAUUGA